AUGUCGGCUCAAGUUAUGCGACCCGGAACUCCGCAGCACGAGGGACAAGAGUUUCUGUCGGGAACGGAUGAAGAACUUGCAGUGGCAAUGAGACAUUACUUGGCUUACUCGGGUCGAUUUACGGUACCGGACAUGGCUUCGACGGAGAACAGCACCAGACGAGUGAUACAUGAAGUGGAGAUGUCUUCUUAUCCCAACUGGAUAGGUACCACUCAAGAGCGGGUCGUGCACAUCAAGGGGGAUAUCCUUGAGUUAUCUACAGUUCACCCUCUUGUCAUUAGUGGUAUUGAACAGCGAAGCUUUUUGACAUGGAGGAAAUUACCGCGGCUGACAUGA